AACGAACAGAGUAGUAAAGGAUUAGAUAGGAGGGUUUAGUUGUUCUUAAUGUUUGGUUCUUUAGUCCGUAAACUGUGAUUGACUAGACACUCCAGUACAGUAAGUGGCGGCAUUCAACGAUAACGUUUGUUUGCGGACCGCCAUAAUAUUACAGAAGAAGAAGAAACCUAACAAUGCAGUGCAACAAUGUGACAACUAUCCCCAAAGGGCUACUGCAGCUUCGAGACAGUUUGAGUAGCAUGAUGGACAGCCUGUACUAUGACCCCAAGGUGGCAGAGCUGAUGAACACAUCAAUGGGGCAGUACCUCAAUGGCCACCCAUUCUUAGCCCUGGCUGUGUUGGUAUUUGGCUCCAUGGCCACUGUACCCAUUGGGAUUUUCCUGACCUUUGCCACUGUUACAUUCAUUGGUGCCACUGUGGGUUUCGUUUUAUUGGAGGUGUUUCUGCUAUCCCUAGGAGGGGUCAGUCUGCUGUGUGUGCUCUCUGCUCUGGCCAUCCUCUCCAUCCUGGUCUCCUUGGUCCUCGGUGCCUGUUACAUUACCUCUUACAAUGUGCUCAACUUCUACUACAGCCAGCGUGUCAGUAGGUACCGAGUCACUAGGUUGGAGCCUGUGACAAAUAUAACAGUCAUGGAACGAGAUGGAGAAGAAGAUGAAGAAGCCUAUGGGAAGCCGGAGGUUUAAGGAGCUGCAGCGUCAGUGAUGGAGAUGGCCUUCUACAGACACAAUCAUAUACUGAUCACUGCACUGCAGUCCUUUCACUGGCAGAUAGGUGUUCCUCUCGACUCAAGAACUCGAUAGAGUAAAACCUCAGGUUGACUUUUCAUUAAAGGCCCAAUGCAGCUGUUUAUCUCAAUAUCAAAUCAUUUCUGGCUAAUUAAGUACCUUACUGUGAUUUGUUUUAAAUGAAAACAAACAAAAAUCUCUUCUUAACAAAGAGCAUGUUCUCAAGCAAUAAUUGUUUAGGUCUAAGUGGGGAGGGGAAAAACUGAAACAUAUCUGUUAUUGUCAGAGACAUUUGGAUCUCUCUUAUUAGUCUAUAAACGAAUUUACCGCCAGGUGAUGUCAACAGGCAAGCCACAUUUUCAGCCCACCAAAGCAGGCUGACAUUUCAGGUGGUCUUUUCAAACAGCUCUUGCACUGAAAGGGCAUCAUUUUCACAAUUGCACAAUAUUAUUCCAACAUCAUCUGGAAAUAUUUAUAAAACAGAAAAAUCUUUGACUGGGCCUUUAACUAGAAAAAUUGAUUAUCCAAACUGCCCAAUGGAUUCAUAACCAUUGAUACAAGUAUUAAUAUUUCUUUAUAUGAUUCUGGAGGUUGUAUAAUUUCACCUGACUGAAUGUAGGCACAUUGAUUGUUGAUUUAUUUUAUCGCAUUAUAGCAUUUGUACUAAUAUCUCUAUUUUCUUGAUCUUUCUAAGGGUUAAGAGUACAAAGAUGUAUAUUUUAUACAUAAACAUAGUUUAAAUUCAAGCUGCUAUCGGUUGCUAGUCUGAUUGUCAGAUGUUACAUGCAAUGAAUGCACCUUGGUUUGUAUUGUCCAUUUGCAAUGGAGAGGAUUAAGAACCUGUAAUGGUAGAACUGAUUUGUUAAACAAAGCCCAUUUAGAACAUGACAGAUGACCAGGUGGCACUGCAAAUAAUAUACCUGUUACUGCUACAUUCAUAUCAAAUCAAAUGUAUUUAUACAGCCCUUCGUACAUCAGCUGAUAUCUCAAAGUGCUGUACAGUAACCCAGCCUAAAACCCCAAACAGCAAGCAAUGCAGGUGUAGAAGCACGCUGGCUAGGAAAAACUCUCUAGAAAGGCCAAAGCCUGGUUCCUCUAGGUUUCUUCCUAGGUUAUGUGGGGUGGCCAGUCCUCUUCUGGUUGUGCCGGGUGGAGAUAACAGAACAUGGCCAAGAUGUUCAAAUGUUCAUAAAUGACCAGCAUGGUCAAAUAAUUAGGCAGAACAGUUGAAACAUUGUAUUUGGCAAUCUGUGUAUUCUGGAAACAAUGUGUGCAGUAUGCUAUAAUCCAUAUUGUACAUUUGCCAAAGAUUUUAUUAAAUGUGUUCCUGUAGUUUUGAUCCACAUAGGAUUAAUAACAGGUCAGUCUUUUAAGUUUAAAAUCUGUGGUCCAUUUGAAAAGUGGGAGCUAGUUUCUGUUACUAAGAUCAUGUCAGUUUGUGUGAACCAGAAAUGUAAAGUAUGCACUAAGAGAUGAAAGUGACUGAUUUGUAUCAGUGUUUUUAUAUGUAUUCAAUUUAAUGUACCUUUUCUCUGAAGAUUAGUGGUGAGAUGUUACUUUGAUGGAAUGUUACAAGUAAAUCACUUCAACUGCACUAAAUUGAUUUGCUCUAGAAAGCCAGUGUCUCAAUAUUGUAAGACAUUUUUCUAAUGUACAAAAGUCAUUUGAAAUGAUUGACCCUUCACAGAUUUGUAGUUCUGGCCUUGAGCAGUUAAAUGUUCUGUAUUGUCAUGUUUAAUGUGGAACCCAGGAAUAGUAGCUGCUGCUUUCACAACAGUUAAUGGGGAUUCUAAUAAAAUAAAAGUAAUUCUAAGUACUUA